AAAAGGACGGGACUUUCUGGCGGCGUCUCAAUCUUCUUCUUGUUCUUCGUUUCUCUCCCGAAUGAAACUCUUUCAAGCUUUGAUUUUUCUUUUAAACUGUUUUUUGAAAUCAAAACUUUACUCAAGAAAAUCCUAGCAGAUUCCAAAUACCCACCUAAAGAAGAAGGUUGUUUCAUGAUUUGCGACAAUGGCAUCCAUUGAGGGAAAUAUGAGUCAGCCUCAGAAAACUAGUAAUCUGGCUGCUAAAACUGCUAAUGUUCAGAGUUCAGCUUCAUCCUUCAAAAGGUGGGGUAGGAAGUAUCCAUUUAUCAGAUAUGGGCUUCCAAUGAUUUCAUUGACUGUGUUUGGGGCAGUCGGCCUCGGUCAUCUCUUGCAAGGCAGCAAUAUCAGUCUCAAUUACUGUUGCAACACCUCUAGUCUAUGCAAGGAUAUUGCAAAGGUGAAAGAUGAUCAAGACUGGGAAAUUAUUGAGACCAGGAAAGCAUUAUCAAGAACAGGACCCAUCGAUGCAUAUAAGCCAAAAAAGAUUUCGUUGGAGGAAGACUUAAAGGCUUUGCAAGAGAAGGUUGACAUAAACAACUAUGACUACAAAAGAAUUCCUAGGCCAAAUGAAGGGUAGGAGGGAGUGCUUGUAAGAAGAGAACAGGAUAACAGCUUGUGAAUAGACCAUAGCAACAUUGAAACCAGACGCUGGAAGUGAAAGACACAAAUCACAAUUAGUUUUUCUGAUUUGAAACCGUUGUUAAAAUGGAAGAUAGCAAUGAGCAUACUAUUACCCAUGACCGCAAGGGCCCAUAAAGUCCUGGAGCUGUUGGAUCUUGUGGAGCCAGUGUAGCAUCAGGCGGUGCCUGGUGGUUCCAUCUUUUUAUGAAGUUUGGGAGGUAAAAUGAUUUGGGUGCUGCUUAUCACAGAUUUGAGGUUUGGUUUUUUGGUCAGGAAGAAUUGUUUAGCUUAAGUUGUUCUUUUUCGACACCUUGCUAUUAGUGUGUUUCCCUAUCAUUUAUGAUUGGUUUUCAUUUCAAUAACCAUCAGGAAAGCAUGCUGGAGCCUUUUUUUUUUUGGGGGGGGGUGGGGCUUAUUAGUAGGGUGGUCUUCAGCUUUUCCUGGUUAUGUUUUUUUUAUUUUCAACCAAUAUAUGUACUGAUCUGAGUAAUCAAAUGUGAGAUUUUCUUGUGAAUUUUUGCUUUUUCAGUAUACAAACUUCUCGUUGAGAGCAUUUAACAAUGGGUUUAGCCAUUUAGGGUGAUUUAAACUCAAUUAUUUCUUUAUAGCAACCUUACACAAAACCGUGCCAAAAGAGAAAACGGGUUGGUGCUGGCUGGGAUGACAUGAACCUCAAUUUGCAGACACUUUAGGGCGUUGAUUAUAUAUUUCAAAUCUAUUCUCUUAUCUAGGUGCAGUUUUCAAAUUUCAACUACAAACAAGCAACAAAUAUACUGAUAGGGCCUUCAUUUAGCAAAGAAAAUAAAGUUGUUUUUCGACCAUGCAAGACUGAUGAGUAGACAGCAUUAGAUCAUGUUCGAUUCUGGCACUCUUUGGUGAAUACAUCAUUUGCACAAAUCUUGUCUGCUAAACUGCAGUUCAGGGGCAGAAUCAACUUCCUGUUACCUUAGAUUCAUGCACUAGAUCAUAAAUAUACGUGUUGUUGCCGGAGAGAGAGAGAAAGAAAUUAGCAAAGGAGAUGGUAACAGAAGACUUUGUAAAAAGAA